UUGUGUAAAGUAAAGAAGCAUAUCUUGUGCGCAGAUAUACAGUAAUAUAUUUUUUCCUGACAAUAUUCUUUCAUGAAAAUAGAACGUUCUUCUAGCUUCCAAAUGCCCAGCUUGGGCAUUUUCAUUAUCCCAUGUUGACUUUUGCGUUGACAUGGUUGACUUUGCAUUCACUUACAUUGAAAAAGUGGCUCUGGCUCCUAAGAGAUUCUUUCUUCGAUGCUCCACAGCGAUGGCGUUUCGACCACCACCACCACCAGCAGGAGCUGGAAAGUGGCAAAGAAAUCGACGAAGGGAAUCGCCACACUCUUGGCGGCGCUCAAGGAGGCAAGCAAGGCCAGGGAUGCCAAGAGGGGGCGGGAGCUCCACUCCGACGCCAUAGCCAGUGGAGUGGCUGGCGAUCUCUUCGUGGGCAGCAGCCUGGUGGACAUGUACUCCAACUGCGGCCUCAUGGGCGAAGCGCGAGAGAGAACGGCGAUGGAUUCGCGGCGCUCGCCCUCUUCUCGCCGAUGCGCGACGAGGGCUGCGCUCCAAACUCGAGAACUUUUGUCGCUGCGGCGAAGGCAUGCUCUAGCAUUGCCACGGCUGAGAAGGAAGAAGAAGUUCCAAGAGGUAGCGAAGUAUGCUCGACUUCCAAGAUGAGAUCGCUGGAGAUUGGAAUGGCGAUCCACUCGCAGGCGCUGGAGAGGAGGUGUGGAUCCAUUUUCGUGGAGAGCUGCCUCGUCGAUAUGUAUGCCAAGUGUGGCAGCAUGGACGACGCUCGGCGCGUUUUCGAAAGGAUGGAGAGGAGGAAUAUGGUGGCCUGGACGUCGCUCAUGCUGGGCUAUGCCGAGAGUGGCGAUGGCCAAGCUGCGCUCGAGCUCUUCCAGGUGAUGGAACGCGAGAAUUGCCCGCGGGACGCUCGGACUUUCGUUGCCGCGGUGAAGGCUUGCUCGAGCCUGGCUAUGGCGUCGAAGGAAGGAUCAUCUAGCGCGAGAGCCUUGAGAGCUCUUGAGACCGGCAUGGCUGUUCAUCGCGAAGCUCGCAAGAGUGGAUUCGAGUCGGAUGCUUUCGUGGUUUGCGGGCUUGUGGAUUUGUAUGCAAAGUGUGGGAGCAUGGAGGACGCGAGGAGGAUCUUCGAGCGCUUCUCUAGCCACGACGUUGUCUCGUGGACGGCUUUAAUACUCGGCUAUGGUGACAAUGGCGAAAACGAGGUGGCGGUGAAGCUCUUCUUUCGCAUGGUUCGCCAGGGAUACCAUGCAAACGCUCGGACUUUCGUGGCAGUGAUCAAGGCUUGCAGCAGCCUUGCCGAGGAGGAGCAAGGCGGGAAUGCGAUAAAGUUUCGCGCUCUUGCCACUGGAAUGGCGAUCCAUCGCCUCGCAGCUGCGAACGGUGGCUGCGAUUCCAGGGACGUUUUCGUGGGGAACACUUUGAUCGACAUGUAUGCGAAGUGUGGAACUAUGGUGGAUUCCCGGCGAGUUUUCGAUGCGAUGCUUACACGGGACGUGGUCUCGUACAACGCGAUCAUGCUGGGCUAUGCCGAGAAUGAUGGCGAGGCUAUGGCGCUCGAGCUACUCGCGGCCAUGCACAGGGAAGAACCGGGCGUUGUGGCGAAUAGCUUGAGCUACCUUGCUGCUGUGAAGGCUUGCAAUCACUUGGCAUCCCGAGAAGAAGCCAGGGACUUCGAUGGAAGAGCUGUGAAGAUCGAGAGCCUGGAGAAAGGCAUGGCUGUUCAUGCUCGAGCUACGGAAGCCGGGUGUGAUCGAGAUCUUUUAGUGGCGAGCAGCCUGAUCGAUAUGUACUCGCGAGCUGGAAGCAUGGAGGAUUCGCACAGGGCCUUCGAUCAAAUGGAGAGCCACGAUGUAGUGUCAUGGACGGGGCUCGUCUCCGGCUAUGCCGAGAAUGGCGAUGGCGAGAGCUCCCUGGCGGUGUUCUUCGCGAUGGUCGACGAGGGAGUGGAGCCCGACUCGUGGACGCUCGCGGCGGCGCUCAAGGCGUGCGGAUCCAUCGCCUCGAGCAAAGCUGGGCGACGUCUCCAUGGCGAGAUUUGCCGGCAUGGACUGGAGGGCGAUACCAUCGUGGUCACCGGUUUGAUCGACUUCUAUGGGAAGUGUGCUACCAUGGCCGACGCUCAGCGUGUCUUUGAUGGUUCCGUGGUUGCCGCACGGGACGUGGUUGCAUGGACGGCUCUAGUGUCCGGCUAUGGCCGCCAAGGUGACGUGAAGUUCGUGUUUGUGACGUUCCAGGCGAUGGUGGACUCUGGCGUGAGGCCGGGAGGUGUGACCCUGCUGUGUGUGCUAGCCGCAUGUAGCCAUGCCGGGCUUGUGGAGCGAGGGAAACGAUUGUUUGGAUCGAUGAGAGAGAAGUAUGGAAUUGAUCCUGGGCGAGAGCACUAUCACUGCGUGAUUGAUAUGCUGGGGCGAGCAAACCAUCUGGAGGAGGCGCUGGAGAUUGUGAGAUCGAUGCCCUUCCAUGCGGGUGUCGUGACCUGGAUGACGAUCUUGAGCGCUUGUAGGAAGUGGAAGAACACGAGAGUUGGAAGUGAAGCAUUUGAUGCGUUGGUUGGAAUGGAUGUGAGGGUGAAAUCGUCAGCGUACUUGUUGAUGGCUCAUGUUUAUGAGAGCUAAGAUCUUAUCGGAGCUCUUUGAAUUUAUGCCGUUGGAUUUAGGGUUCUUGCUAGAUCUUUUGCAAUGCUGAUAUUCUCUCCAACUCUAUCUAUGCUCCAUCGUUUAAGAUCUCCUCUUGACUUGAUAGGUCUCCUAGUCGGAUUCAAGGAAAUGUGUAGACUGAAGACUGGAAACGAUACACGAACCUUAAGAUCGGUCUCUGGAAAGAAGCCUGGUAUUGUUUAGAUUAUUCUUCCUAGGAUGUCAUGUUACAGAUGCUGUUUUCUUAAAGGAAAACCCAGACCUCGAAGCC